AUAACAGCUUCUACGCUCCACAUAGUGCACUUCUAUAAACCGAAAGACGUGAUUAGGGAUUGAGCCGGUCUACUUCCUGGUCCGUCGCUCUAUGUGGUCCGCCCUAUGUGGGUUCAGUUGUAACGGUUCUGCCGGCUACUGGGUGUUUGCUCGUGCUCCGUGGGUAAUGCUGAGGUUCUGGUGCCGGAGGCGCGAUGCUGAGUGUGGACUCGCUUCAGGUAGCCGAGGAGGAGGUGGUGGAGUCGAGCUCCAGCCGUCUGGGAGACAUUUACACGCUGGUGGCUGAGGGCUGCUACCCGCACGCCAUGAACCCCAUCCGCAAGAAGAACCUGAAACGAUACGCGCAGAAAUUCAUCAUCGACGACGGACGGCUGUACUAUGUGGGGAUGAAGAAGGAGGAGAAGCGCGAGGUGGUGAUUGACGCCGAGCGUAAGCGUCGGAUCUUCCUCGAGUGCCACUUUAACGAGCUCGGCCAUCACCUGGGUCAGAAGAAGACGGUGCACCGCAUCCAGAGCAAGUACUACUGGCUGGGCAUCGUCAAGGACGUAGUGGACUGGAUCAAGGUGUGUGAGACGUGUCAGCACGCUGAGCGGAACAAAAACAUGGCGAGGACGCCGAGGCCGCUGAAGGUCGACGGCCCCUGGGACACCGUUACGGUGGAAAUAAUGGGCCCGUUCCCCUGCACUACUCACGGAGGAAACACUCGCCUGGUCAUCAUCACGGAUUAUUACAGUAAGUGGGUGGAGGCGUUUCCUGUCCAGAAGAGAGACGUCCUUUGUGUGGCGAGAUGCAUUUCGUCAACCGUUUAUAGGUACGGUUCAGUAAAAACCAUACACUGCUCUCAGAAUGCUGACUUCUGUGGAGAGGUGAGCAAGCAGCUGAGCGAGCGCUGGAGCUUGCAGCUGAAGGUCCAGUACAACGCUCUGCUGGAGCGCUCGAACACUCUGCUGAAGGACACCAUAAAGCAGGUGGUGGCGGAGAAGCAGGCCGACUGGGACGAUUUCAUCGAUCCUGUCCUGGCGCUGUUCAGGACCUCGGUGAACCCGGCGACCAAGUUCACCCCCUACUGCCUGAUGUUUAACCGCAAACCCAGCAUGCCCGGCGAGUGUCCUGCUCUCUCCACCUUCCAGAUGAAGCUGGAUUUACUGAGUUACGAGCACGAUGCAGGAAAUUAUUCCCCCGGCGAGGAGCCAGAUAACAGCUUCCUCUCGUCCAUUCAGGAGCAGCGAAAUCAACUCAACCAGAUGGUUUUUUCCAACAUGAACGCUGCGUACAAGCAGGAGAAGAAGAGUGCCAAACGGCGAGGCAGGGACGUGUCCUCCAUAACCCUGACCGUCACCGAGCCCUUGUGCCCCUCAGACGACUCGCCCUCACCUAAAAGACUGAAAGACGACCUGUUCCUGACGUUUCCCGUCGAGACGGUGAUCAGCGCUGUUCAGGUGGUGGCGGAGGAGGGGAAGGACGCGCUGGAGUACGUGCUGCCGGGCCCUGACGUACACUGACCAUCUGAUUUGGUCAAACGAUGGAUCUUUGACACAGGAUGUACAUUGUCCAGGAUGUCUGGUGCACGAUGCUCUUGGAAGAACGGCGCUUCUCUGAGGGUUCGGCUGUUCGCGGGUCCGCGUGAACGUUUCCGUGAAGGCGGACGAAGCGAUUGACCGCAAUAGUCCCUACAUCGCACACUUACAAAUCGGGGCUCAUCGCUACGAGCAGGAUGUUAUUAGUAAUGGUUGUGUUUUAUUUUGUAUAUAACGAUGCAGUGAUUCAGUAACAGCUGAAUCACUUUUUUUUGUUUGUUUGUUUAUUUGUGUCUGAAUGUUCCCAGAAUCCAUUUUUUCAUCAUGUUGGCUUUUAGGGUAAUAAACGCUAACAUAUCAGCACUGUUUCUGUUUGGGUCAGUAACUGGAAAUAACUUAAUUAUGUGUCUAGUAAAAACACUCAUGUUUAAUAUGUAUACUUUGCCCCUUAAUAUAUACGUUCACCGUCCACUUUAUUAGGAACACCUGCACAUUCAUGCAAUUAUGUAAGCAGAGAAGCAUCUCCGAAUGAUGACGCACAACAUCCCGAACCUUGGGGAAGAUGGGCUACAACCGCCACAUCGGUUUCCACGCCCGAGUUUAGCACUCUGAUGUUAUGUAGAGCAGUUCAUACGACAUGUCUAAUGUGUAACAUGUCCGGAAUUCUUCAUUCCGUCAUCUGUUGGUGGUUUUUUCAUUUCGUUAUGGGAUUUAUUUCUUUGCUUGAGAGAAAGA